AGCAGUUCAGUUGAUUUAACGCCGUAAGUUCGAAUAGUUCAAAAUGAGUUUAGCUGGUAAAGUUGUUAUUGUAACCGGAGCAAGUUCCGGUAUCGGUGCCGUCACAGCUGAGGAGUUUGCCAAGCUGGGUUCCAAAGUAGUGAUCACAGCACGUGAUGAAGCAAAUUUGAAGUCUACUGAGAAAGCCUGUAAAGCAGCUAACAGCAAAGCGGAAGUACUACUCAUCACCGCUGAUGUAACGACAGACGCUGAGAAGAUUAUCAAAACAACAAUUGACAAGUUCGGAAAGUUGGAUGUGUUGGUGAAUAAUGCCGGUGUGGGUGAAUCGGGUUCAAUCCUGGAUAUUGAAGUUGAUCAAUUUGAUCGCGUUUUCAAUACAAAUUUGCGUGCUAUCUUCCUUCUAACUAAAUUCGCCGCACCACAUCUCAUAAAGACCCAAGGUAAUAUCGUGAAUGUCUCCAGUGUCGCAGGAAUGCGUUCAUUCCCUGGUCUUUCGGUCUAUGGCACGUCCAAAGCAGCACUUGAACAAUUCACCAGAUGUAUCGCUUUGGAUUUGGCACCGCAUAAAGUGCGUGUCAACGUUGUCAGUCCCGGCGUAACUGUUACAAAUAUACUUAUGCGCUUAGGCAUGUCGGCAGAAGGCUAUGCUAAAUUUUUGGAUCAAGCGAAGUCUGUACAUGCAUUGGGUCGCGUCGGCCAACCCAAGGAAGUGGCCGAUGCCAUUAUUUUCUUUGCAAGUGACAAUUCGAGCUUUAUAACGGGCGCAACUCUGCCGAUCGAUGGUGGCAGACACGCUAUGUGCCCACGUUAAUAUUUCUUACAAAUGUAAUUUAUUAUUUUUCAAUAUAUACCCAUAUACCUAUGUGAAUAAAAAAAUGUUUUAAAAAA